AUGUCGAUCCAGACUGACGGCACACAUGUGUCGGCCUCCAAGAAGGUCGAGUCUCUGACCACGCCCAAGAAACGAAAACACGGAGCCGAAGAAAAAGAAUCGUCGAAAAAGAAAAAGAAGCUGCGAACAGAACCACCACCCACAGACACAGAGAGUGCGGCUGCGGUCGCUGCACCGGCACAAGCUUUGGCAGCAGAAUCUAAGAAGAAAAAGAAGAAGGGGAAAGACAAAGACAAGGAAAAAGUGUCCAGGCACAAAAACGGGAAGCAUGACUUGGAGAAAGUACCCGACCAGAGGAGCGCGAAGUCCUCCGAGCCAGAGGAUAUUGAGGUGGCCGAUGCACCGUCCCCUGAAACAGAGCCUACCGCCGCAGUGCAGCCUGCAACCUCCUCGCCAGCUGUCAAUGGUGAAGAUGGCGCAGUCAUGGAAUCAGAAAUGGUAGCAGAUCUGCUAGAUUCGGCCGACCCGACGUCUUUUCAUUCUACCCGCUUGUCCCUUCAUUUAGCAAUUCCUGCGAUCGGGCUGGAAGCGGGCAGCCCUUCAUUACUUGCUACACACUUAGCGCCACUGCUGCUCACAUAUUCCCCUCCCGCGCAAGGCAUAGUUCUUGGAUUUUCCGACCCUGUUCUGUCCACGAACCCUGAUACCGGCAUCAACCUACCUCUCGUCCCUCCCUCGAACGGCGAUGUCAUGCCUCGGGCGGAGGUGCUGGCAAAGACAGCCGACGAAUUUGGGGUCUGCUGGGUCUGGCUUACUGCCACAUUUCUAGUGUUCCGACCAGAACGGGGGGAUGAGCUGUACGGAUGGACCAAUGUCACAUCGGAAGGGUUCGUGGGUUUGGUAAGCUACAACUAUUUCCAGACGGCCGUGGCCAAGAACAGGAUCCCCCAGGACUGGAUAUGGAACGGACCCAGCAGGGAAGAUACUUCGAAGACCAAAAAGAAAAGCAAGAAGGGCAGACUCCGCGAUGAGGAUGAUUCUCCAAGCCAGACACCGGAGGACGAGAUCGCGGCGCAGAAUGGAGACUGGGACGCUGGCCCUGCCGCCUCCUCCCAAGUGCAAAUCGACGAGGUUGGCUUCUUUGUCGAUGCCCAUGGCUCCAAGGUCCUGCCAACGCAGAAAUUCAGGGUGGUCGACACAGAAGUGGUCCCUUCCCACGACCGGCACAAAUGGUCUUUGCAGAUUGAGGGGACGCUGUUGGAUGAGGCGGCGGAGCGGCGCGUGGCCGAUGAUGAAAGGGCCAAGUUUGAACUAGCUCAACAGCGCAGCCGCUCUCAAACGCCUGGAGAUCGAGGAGGAGAUACAGGCUUGUUGAUGAGCGGGGCACUAGCACGAAGUCGCGAGGGCAGUGUCGCUUCAAGGCUGUCCGGGCCAACGCCGAGUCAGCGGCAUCGAGUGGCUUACUGA